AUGUGGACUUAUCUCAGCUUAUCUUUAUUGACAUGGAUGACUGUCUGCACUAAUGUCUCCGCCCAGGAAUAUCUGCCACCGAAAAUAGGAGGUGGCGGGGGAAAGAAACCAGCAGUGGCACCGGAGCCUACGUUGCCUGCCAAUUACGACUUUUCGUAUGACGUGCAAGACAACGCGGUAAGCCUGGACUUUGGGCACAACGAGAAGAGAAAGGACGAUCGAGCCACCGGAUCCUACCAUGUAUUACUGCCGGACGGAAGAACACAGUUGGUAGAGUACGAAGCCGGCCCGGACGGAUUCAAGCCACAGGUUAUGUAUAUGGGUACGGCGACGUUCCCCGCGGCGAAUGCUGGUGGCGAUAAAUUCGACGGGUACCAUUACAAUGCUGCAUCUAAUAGACAGAGUGUGAGACAAGCCGCGCCACGGUCGCGUCAGCAAGCGACCGCACCACCACCAGCGCCGGCACCGCCCGUCGUCUACGCCUCGAGUAACGCAACAAAAUAA